AUGUCUGUCAAGAAAGACUACGCAUCUCUCUCAGUCGCUGCCCACAAGGAAUGGCGUGGCAAGAUCGAAACAGUUGCUCGCUGCAAGGUUGAGGAUAAGGAUGAUCUCUCCAUCGCUUACUCCCCAGGUGUUGCUCAGCCAUGCCUUGAAAUCCAGAAGAACCCAGCUCUCUCCUACGAACUUACACGCCGCUGGAACACAGUCGCUGUCAUUACAGAUGGUACAGCCGUUCUUGGCUUAGGCGAUAUCGGACCAGAAGCCGGUAUGCCAGUUAUGGAAGGCAAGGCUUUGCUCUUCAAGCGCUUCGGUGAUGUCGAUGCUAUCCCACUUUGCGUUCGCUCCAAGAAUGUUGAUGAUAUCGUCAAGGUUGUUUCCCUCAUCGCUGGUUCCUUCGGUGGUGUCAACCUCGAAGAUAUCUCUGCUCCACGUUGCUUCGAAAUCGAGAAGAAGUGCCAGGAAAUCUGCGAUAUCCCAAUCUUCCACGAUGAUCAGCACGGCACAGCUAUCGUUACACUCGCUGCUCUUCUCAACGCUCUCAAGCUCGUCGGCAAGAAGAUCGAAGAUGUCAAGAUUGUCACAUCUGGCGCUGGUGCUGCUGGUAUUGCUAUCAUCAAGCUUCUCGUUGCUGUUGGUGUCAAUCCAAAGAACGUUAUCCUUACAGAUCGCCAGGGUGCUAUCUACAAAGGCCGUUCUGGCUUGAACGACAUCAAGGUCGAGAUGGCUGAGAUCACAAACUCCGAGCUCAAGCAAGGCACACUCGGUGAUGUCAUCAAGGGCGUUGAUGUCUUCAUCGGCGUUUCCGCUCCAAAGACACUUACACAGGAGAUGGUCAAGUCCAUGGCCGAAAAGCCAAUCGUUUUCGCUAUGGCUAACCCAAUCCCAGAAAUCAUGCCAGAGGAAGCUAAGGAAGCUGGCGCCAUCGUUGUUGGCACAGGCCGUUCUGAUUAUCCAAACCAGAUCAACAACGUUCUUGCCUUCCCAGCUCUCUUCCGUGGUGCUCUCGAUGUCCGCUCUUCCCGCAUCACAAACGAGAUGAACAUCGCCGCUGCCCGCGCUAUCGCUUCCCUCGUUUCCGAUGCUGAACUUACACCAGAAUAUAUCCUUCCAAAGCCAUUCGACCCACGUAUCAAGGAGACAGUUUCAAAGGCUGUUGCUGCCGCCGCUAUCAAGUCUGGUGUUGCUCGCAUCCAGCAAUAA